GUUGUGUGGAUGAGCGCAAAGCCGAACGGUGAUUAGCGAAUUCCCAGGCCGCGGGUCCCGCAGAACCUGUUACAUAACAAUUGUUAAAUAGUGGUGGCGAACGCGUAUCGAUGCCAUUCGUUUAACAAGCUCGCCAUUGACCCAAAUAGAGACAUAACUCGAUUCAAUACGCAGCAGAUUCGAAGAAUUUGUCACCAUGUCGUAUAUUCGACAGAUGACAAUUUUUACUUCAUUAUUAUUUUAGUUUUUUUUUUGCCGAAAUCACCUGCAACGGCAAUCAGAAUUUUAAUCGAAUAAUCGGCCUGAAAUCCGGCGAUAUUAGGGAGCGUGCGCAUUCCUGGCACGGAGCUUCCUGAAGUCCAGGCUCCUGAAAACAGGCUGAAGUUUAGUGCACCGUCGCGUUUCCAAGUUCGCAGCACGCCGUUGCCUCCGUCGUCCACGCAUUCCUUCAGCAACAUGUAAAAAAAACUGAAAAUAACAAAUAAAAGGACAAAGGAAUUCUCCAAACAAGUGUCGAAUGUUACAAUUUCCAAUAACAAAAGUUCCUCUCUCCAUAUAAAUAAAAUAAAGGAGGAACACUCUUCGUCUUCAUCGUUUGCCAUCAUCGCCAUGGACACAGCAUUCCAGCUCGAUUCCCGAGACUAAUGGAAAUGCGUAAUGGACGUCGCCUUUCCAGCGAGACACUUCUUGAUAAAUGCAGUCUUCAUCACUUCAAUACUAUGCGCCGAAGGAAGUGGAACCACUACAAAGGACGAGAUAGAGGAGAGUCUUCGCGUGAUCCACGAUGUGGCCACGAAGAGCUUGGGUGAUUUGUGCAUCACGGAGCAGUUCAGAUCCUUGCCCAUACCCAUCGAUGCGACGAGAUUCGAACCGGCUCGUCAGAAGGCCGAUCUCGCUGCUACUCUUCUCCAAGAUCUAGGACUAGCCCAUCACAAUGGUUUACAGGACGCCAUAUCCCGGAACCUGUUGGUGUCGGAUCAGAGUGUCGUGUCCGCAAGAGUUCUGGCAAUAAACGCCUCCAACGGGCAAUUAGCUAAUUGCGCCUGGUGGCAGAGGCAAGGAUUGGAGAUGGGCGGUCCCAGGAAGUUAACUGAAAACAUUCCCGAAGUAGGACAACGGCCGUACUCCGAAUACCCUUGGUAUGAAGAUGCGGAUUCGAGUCCGGGUUUGCGUUCACCAAAAUUUAUGGAAAGCCCGGCGAAUCUAUCUUACAGAGGCUGGUGGACGUAUCCUUACUAUUCCUGCGGGGCCUCAAAAUGGCUCAUUUCCUACAGCGUUCCAGUUCCAUCGCAAGGCAGACACGGCCUCAAGGGCUUCCUGAGCUUAGACAUCGACGUAUCAACGUUGCAGAUCAACCAGUGCGAACCCAAGGCCGAUUCUCCAUCCCUAUCGCAAAUCGUGGUCUUCCACGGUUCCCAUAAAUGCGACAAUGUUACUUCAAAGUGUUACUAUCGUCCUCAAUUGUCGCAGAUCAGCUGGAGCAGAGGCUCGUAUCAGUGUCAGUGCAGGAACGGAUACUAUUCCCCGCAUCACGGCGGAAUAUUUAAUGGAACUCUUGUUGAAGUUGCUUGGGCUCAGAACAACAGCAAGGCUUUGGAGAACAUCUUCACGUGCUUGAAGUGCGCUCCGGGUUGCAGCUUCUGCCAUGGACCUCAGCCGUGUUUAGCCACUUACCAUUGGCCCUUCAGAAUAACUCUUCUGGUGUUCAGCGUUACUUGCGCUUUCUGCACGGUGAUCCUCAUCAUGUACAUGUUCAAUCACAGAAAGUUGAAGGUUUUCAAAGUGGCCAGUCCAAUUUUCCUCUCGAUCACGCUUCUCGGUUGCGCCACCAUGUAUUUAGAGAUGGCUGCAAUCUUUCCCGUCUUGGAUACGUACUCCUGCAUAGCAACAAAAUGGUCCAGACACCUCGGAUUCUGCAUCACGUACACCGCAUUAUUAAUGAAAACUUGGAGAGUUUCUCUAACUUAUCGUGUGAAAUCCGCGCAUAAAGUGAAGCUAACAGAUAAGCAGCUUCUGCAGUGGAUGGUUCCGAUUUUGCUGGUAAUGCUGAUCUAUCUGAGCACGUGGACGUUAUCCGCGACUCCCGUCGCCGAGGAAAUUGAAGACCAGGAGAGCUUAAAGUUCAAACAAUGCUCGUACAAUUGGUGGGAUCACAGUCUGGCGAUAGGAGAAGUGCUGUUCUUGGCUUGGGGAAUUCGAGUUUGCUAUAACGUUAGGAACGCCGAGUCCCUGUUUAACGAAGCCCGACUCAUAAGCUACGCCAUUUACAACAUAGCACUCGUUAAUUGCACCAUGGUAGCUUUUCACUUGCUCAUUUUCCCUCAAGCAGGUCCGGACAUCAAGUACCUACUUGGCUUCGUCAGAACGCAGCUAUCGACCACAGUCACCAUAGUUCUCGUCUUCGGACCUAAGGUAAUAAGAGUGCUGAAAGGUCAGGGCGAUCAAUGGGAUAACAGGGCUCGAUCCAGAGGAGUGACUGCUUCGUUCUCCCUCAACGGCAUCGGUUUAGUUCCGGAAGAUCCACCAGACUUGUACCAAGAGAACGAAGAGCUAAAGGAAGAAAUCCAGAAGCUUGCCGCGCAAAUAGAAUUCAUGAAAAUCGUGCACAUGGAGAUGAACAACCGGCACAUCAAACCGAAACCCGGAAGCUACUUCAGCAGCCUGGCCGGUCCAAUGCAGAGUCCGAUGACCGCGAAGCCGGGAUGCCUGCUCUCGAAAGUCACCGAAGAGUUGUGAAUUUCCAAUUUCCUCCUCAUUUCCUUCAUUUUGUGAUAUUUAUUUCGAAUGCAUGUCUAUCUAGAUUUACCUAUAUGUCAGAUUUUAAGUCAUGUGUAUUGUAAUGUAUAGUUGUCUCAUUCGCAAGCCAUUCCAGAAAUGAUAGCCAGAAUAGUCAAAUGGGAAUCCAAAGCACGCUUUAAAACCAGUAGUCUCAACUCAGGUAUUUCAAAAAAAAAUCGCAUUUUCUCAAUGUUGAUUGAGAAAACGUGAAAAUACCGAGUUUAUAAUAAUAGUUGUAUGUUUAGUUGUGUGUACAAAAAAAAUAAUAUAAUCGACCUGACAAUAUUUAUUUUCGAAUGAUCCUAGUCAUAUUUCGUUGUUUCAUGAGGAAAGGACAACUCAUUCAGGUUCAGUAGUGAAGAUUGGUGUGAGCAUUAAAAUAAAUUAUAUGUAAAUAUAACAUAUAAUGACUGAUUUUUGAUAUAGGAAAACUUAAU